AUGUCUGCGUCUGACUGGUACGCCCACAAAGAGCUCGGAGACGGCCUCUUCUGGAUCCAGGAGCGCUUUUAUCAGUCGGAUAACCGGGCCAACAUCUGGCUUCUGCGCGGCACACACCAGGACGUGGUCAUAGACACUGGCCUAGGCUUGCGGAGCUUACCUGAGUACAUCGACGCUAAAGGGCUCCUGGGCAAGGAUCCGCAGCGUAAGAACCCACUGCUGGCCAUUGCCACCCACGCCCACUUCGACCACUCCGGGGGGCUGCAUCAGUUCCAACAGGUGGGCGUCCACAGCGCAGAGGUGGAGGCUUUGGCAAACGGGGACAAUUUUGAGACAGUCACCUGGCUCAGCGACAGAGAGAUAGCUGAAGCGCCUUGUCCGGGUUGGAGAGCAAGAAACUACAAAGUCAAGGCCGUGCAGCCGACCCAUAUACUGCAAGAGGGUGACGUAAUUAACCUGGGUGACAGGCAGUUGACUGUGUUGCACAUGCCUGGUCACUCUCGAGGCAGCAUCUGCCUUCAUGACCAGGAGAACAAGCUGCUGUUCAGUGGUGAUGUAGUGUAUGAUGGGGCCAUGAUCGACUGGCUGCCUUACAGUCAAGUGAGUGACUACAUCAGUAGUUGUGAACGUCUAGUUGGUCUUGUGGACAGUGAACAGGUUGAUCAAGUCCUCCCUGGACACUACAAUGCAUUUGGUGCAAAGCGCCUCCAUCGGAUUGCAUCAGGGUACAUCAGCAGAGCAGAAACUUGUCCAGCAAAGUUCUCAACAUUCGCUUGGAGGACCAUUGCUGGUAUGGCUCUGCGAGCAUUCAACCCACGUAGUGCCUGCUAA